AUGCCCGCUUACUUCUAUCAUCUCAGCCUUGAACUCCUUCUCCGUCCAUCUGACCACACGAGCGCCGCAAACUCCCUGUCUCUGGCCUUAGACUCCGCAAGGGAAGCUCUGCUGCCAUUCCAGACGCCGAUCCAAUUUCGCUCCAGUCGUGCCCCGCCAGGAACGGGACGCGAACCGCAUACUCCCACUCAGAGCUAUAUUCCUUCUGGCGCAGCAACCCAUCUGUCGCAGCAGCAGCAGCAGCGCACGCGACACUCUUCUCAUACCACCGUUCCCCACACCAACUAUCCCACCCCCGCUCCCUCCGACACAGAUUCCUCAUCCUCCUCCCCAUCCACUCGACCCUCAACUAGCUCUGGCACCAUAGAGACCGACCACCGCUUCGACGCCAUCUCCAUCGAAUGCAUUGACAUGGUCGCCCCGGACGCUGGACCCCCGAAACGCAACCCCAGAUGCGGCAAUGCGCCCGCUGCCGUCGAGGUAGAUAACCUGGUCGCCGCGGGCAUCGGCACAGAUAUCCUGGGUGGCCUGCGCACCAAGGGCCGCUAUAUCCCGCUCGACCAGAAAGUCGCCGACAGUAUCUGGGGCAUCGUGCAUCUGUACCGCGAUGCGGAGGAAUCGCCUUACCUUGCCGGCAACGAUGACGACUACCCCACGUACCUGAAGGGCUCUGCUGCGGCCGCUCGGCAUCCGGGUGAGCAGCAGCAGCAGAUUACUGCCCCGGCUGGUGGCGCGAGCAGCGGGCUGUCUCAUGUGGGGAAUAAUAAUACUUCUGGUCGUGCGGCGUACCCGUUUCCUGCCACUGUGGCAUCGUCUGCUCAUUCGGAGAAUGCUGAUUGCACGACGCUAUGCAUCCUCGCUGUGCCCUCGUAUCUCUCUCCGUCGGACUUUUUGGGGUUUAUGGGCGAGCGAACGAUGGACGAUGUUAGCCAUUUCCGUAUGAUCAGGACUGCGCGCGCCAAUCGGUAUAUGGUUUUGAUGAAAUUUCGGAGUGCGCGGAAGGCUCAAGACUGGCAGAAAGAGUGGAAUGGUAAGGUGUUCAACAGUAUGGAGCCUGAAACCUGCCAUGUGGUGUUCGUCAAAACGGUUGAGAUCCAGGUCGUUGACCCCGGAUCUCCGUCUGCUUUGUCACCCGCUGAACUGGGUACUCUUCCUCCCUCCCAGAACCAGCCACCGGGGCCACGCCCAUCGGUCUCGGGGACAGGACAGGCCACUCUGUCUAUGAAACCUCUUGCGCCACCCACCCCCGCAUUGAUCGAGCUACCCACCUGUCCUGUCUGCCUUGAGCGCAUGGACGAGACGACGGGGCUCUUGACGAUUAUUUGCCAACACGUUUUUCAUUGCACAUGUCUUCAAAAAUGGAAAGGAAGCGGCUGUCCCGUGUGCCGGUACACGCAGGACGACUUCCGGAAAAGCAGCGCCGGCAUCCAGCCUGAGGAUGAACCUGCCGAGUGCAGCGUAUGCCACUCAGAAGCAAAUCUAUGGGCAUGCCUCAUCUGCGGGAAAGUCGGCUGCGGUCGAUAUGACGGAGCGCACGCCUUCGAACACUGGAAAGAAACCACACACGCGUUCGCAAUGGACCUGAACUCGCAACGAGUAUGGGACUAUGUCGGCGACGCCUACGUGCACCGCAUCAUCCAGAGCAAAACCGACGGCAAGCUCGUGGAACUCCCAGCCGCCGACCACAGCGCCCUCGACCCACCCGACUGGGCCGACGCCGUCCCGCGCGAGAAACUCGAGAACAUGAGCGUUGAAUACACCCACCUCCUCACCAACCAACUGGAAAGCCAGCGCGCCUAUUUCGAAGAGAUCGUUGAGCGCGCCGCCGACAAAGCAUCUCAAGCCAGCGCCGCUGCCACCGCCGCCGAGGACGCCGCCAGCGCCGCCAGCUCGCAGCUCACAGAUCUACAGUCCCAAUACGACACUCUGACCACGGAUACUGUUCCUGCGCUGGAGCGCCAACGAGACCGCGCCCAGAAGCGUGCCGACAAGUUCGAGUCGCUAGCGCGCCAGAUGGAAAGGAACUGGAACGAGGAAAAGACCAUGAACCAAAGCAUGCUGGACCGGAUUAAAACACUUACCGUUGAGGCUGAUAAGCUCAAUGCCGCGCAUGCGGACUUGGUUGAGCAGAAUCGCGACUUGACCUUUUUCAUUAGCGGGUCGCAGCGUCUGCAGGGUCAAGGCGAUGAUGUUGUGCAGGGCACGCUCAGUGUGCCGCAGCCUCCUGCGGGUGGGAAGAAGAAGAAUAACAACAAGAAGAAGAAAAAGAAGCCUGCGGAGAGUGAGAACCAGGACUAG